CUUCCAUUGAACUCCCUUACGGGGCAACGACAUCGUGUUGCGUACGAGGCGAACACCGCAAUCGGUCUUCUUCGGUCAGUGUACAGUGUACAGGCGUCCCUCCACCAGAGACCUUAUCGUACCCUAUUCAUCCGUUGCAAUUGGGGUGCCGACCUACGUCUCGCGACAUGACAUUCGAGUCGCGCUGAAGGCCAUCGUCACUCACCUUCGUCCAACUUCGAAACAGGCCAGCCACCGCCCGUCAUCAUGCCUGCAUUAGGAAGCGCCAGUAAGAGCAAGGGAAAGAAGGCAGAUGCGCGUCGCUCACGAAGCCGCAACACAACUCCCAGCUCAGUUCUCAGCAGUGGUACUGCGCCAGCGGGGCCUGCCAACACGCCCCUCCUAGAACUAGAAACAACCAAACUUCUCGUUCCUCCAAAACCUAAUUAUGGAGAGAUUGUCGAUUAUUUGGAAACGCAUGGAACAAAAUUCGAGCCGAAGUCCCUUCAUGAUUUGAUCGAUCAACUGAAGCAUCUGAGCGAUGCAGCCGAGAAACGUGCCGAAUCCUGCGAGAAGGCCAUUCGUUUGAUUCAUGAACAGAAGAAAGAAGUGGAGUCAGACCAUCAAGAGCGUGAGCGUCAAGCCGAACAAGCUCGCCGUGCUAAGGCUCGCAAGGAAGAAUCACAAUCAUCAAAGAAUCCCAAGGCAAAGAAGCGUAAAGACAGACCAGAAACGGAUGAUAAUGUAGAAAUCAAACAUGAAGAUGAGCCUACGAACAAGGUCAAGAUGCGCGUCACAAGCACUCCAGGACCGACUGACAGUCCGUCUCCAUCAAAGAAGACGAAGCUCAGCCCUGGCACUUCAUCACUUUCGGAAGUAGCAGACUCACCGGAUGCCGCUGCUGCCCCUGCUGAUCACGCCUCACCUUCAAAGACUGACGUGUCCAUGUCUGAUGCUGAAGAGAAUCGCGUCAUUCACAGCCAGCCACCCGUUCCCCAGCAAGGCUUCUUUCCUGACCCUCUAGCUCCUGACCCGAUCAUCUAUCACAUCCGUGAUAUUACACCAGAUAUGUCGGAUACUGAAAAGAAGGAGAUCUACGGCGUCACUUCAUUCCCAACUAAAGAUUUGAAGGAUGAGAUCGCAGGGAUUCCACCAGACAAAGACUUCAGCAAUGCGAAGCCGACCAACCAAGUCUCUGCAAACACUUUCCUCACUUAUGUUGAGCCCUAUGUUCGACCACUGACCGAAGAGGACAUGGCGUUCCUGAGAGAACGAGGCGAUCGUGUCAACCCGUUCCUAGCUGUUCCUCGCGGUAAACGUUCCUAUCAAGAGAUCUGGGCAGAAGAAGAUGGUACCGUGCUUGUGGAUGGUGGCAGCGACAAAUUACCACUCAAUCAUCCGAGGGGAAACGUCGAUCAGAUCAACGAUGAUAACUUGACUACCGAUCAAGUCUCGACUGGGCCAUUGGCCAGCCGUUUGCUCUCACUACUCAAAUUCGAGCAUCGAUCUCCACCCACUGAUACUAAUGGCGUCACCGAGAAUGCGUUCAAUGCUGAUGGCAACGACACAAUGGAUCUCGAUGGUCUUAUGAACGGCCAUGACAACACUGAGAAACCUCUGGCCCCUGCGUCAGCUGUCGCAGACUCGGCAGGUUCGAAGGCAUCGCAACGUCUUGACUAUGUCCAAGCCGAGGAACGAAUCAAAGGCGAACUUCGACAUCUUGGUUUGCUCAGCCAGGACGAUCCGGAUUAUGAUGCUCACCAUGAUGACGACAUCAGUGAACGGCUGCGAUUGUUACAAGGCGAACUCCGUCGGGUAAUGAUCAUCAACGGUGCUCGCAAGGCUCGCUUGCUUGACCUUGCCAAAGAACGCCUCGCCUACCAGGAGUACAGCACCAUUCAUGAAGAUCUUGACAGUCAAGUCCAGCAAGCCUAUCUGAAGAGGACUAGGACCAUGGGUAAGACUAAGAAAGGUGGACCUGGUGGUAAAGCUCGCCCUGGCGCGGCCGGCCCCGGCACCGCCUUGAGCAUCAAUAGAGCUCGGGACAUCGGAGACAGUGCUCGGAUGCUAAUGGAUCGGCGCAAGCGCUGGGAAAGUUGCAUUGGACCUGUUUUCAAGGACAUGAAGCAUGGCAUUCCGGACAAGGACUCGACAAUCUUCGACCCAAAGUUAAUGGAGAUGUACGAGAAGGUGGAGAUGGAAGCCAUUGAAGAAGCCGAAGAAUAGGGUCGAUGUACUUCUUUCAGCAGAUUGCGUGAUGCUCCAGUGUUCACAUUGUCUGCAAAGUCCGUGGCAGACUCGACACAAUGAACGAGAAUCGAGAUCGAGAUCGAGCACAUUCUGCACGAAUGUCUCGAAAAUACGAACACUGCAUUGUAUACAUCAUGACAGAGCGUCGAGCUCUUUUUGCGAUCCUUGCUGGUCGCUUAACGACGCAGAGGAUACAUUCCAUCUUGCGACGUAAAUUGCUUUUUCGAUACCCAAUACGAAUUUCAUUUUCACCUACUGA